CUCGAAAUCAUACUUUAUUUCAGGCUGAGAGAAUAUCACAAAUACAUACAUAUAGAAAGCUGUUAUUGGCUAAACAGAUAUACAGGCGAAUGUAACCAAAACCAUCACAGUAAGGAUAGCUUCACAAAGAUAUAGUACUAACAGAAUAGAAGUUAACACUAAAUCAAUAUAAAAUGUAUACGACUGCCACAAAAUGAGCCAUACGCAAAGAACAACAUUUGGAAAGAAUAGAAAAAGAGAAACAGCAGCGCCCACCAAGUCCUCCUUCAAGUUAGAAACAUUCAGAUAAAAUAAUCGUAAAGAUUCAGAAAGGAUAAAAAAUAUGAAUAACGAUACCUCACUAGCGAAAUAGCCUUAGAGUAUGGAAGUACAACCCCCUUCCAAACAAAUGUUAAAAUUUCCAAGACCGAAAAUGGUAUAACAUAGUAAAUAUUGCAAAGCAGGAAAACUUGAAGGACAGAAGAUGACCUUGCGGAUCUGACUUUUGAGACUUUGUCAGGAUCAUUAUCUUUGGUCAGCAUUUAAAAUAGUGCAGCGUUUUAUAGCAUUACAAACAAAUCUGUUGUCAACGUGAAAACAAUAUGAUUUAGUACAAACUUAGCUCUUCACAACGAGAUAGAGUGAAAAAGUUUAAUGCUAUCACUCGAAGUUCUGACAAGGUUGCGAUUGAUUGUCUUCAAAUGAGCAAUUGGAGACUUGAACAGGCUGUAGAUUAUUUUUACAGACAAAAUCCUACUCCUACUGGACCAACUGUGAAUGAGGCGAAAAUUGAUCAACUUUUUCAACGUUAUCGGGAUCCUCAAUAUCCUGAUCGAAUACUAUCCACAGGAAUGGAACGAUUUCUUAUUAAUGAUUUGCAUAUUGAUCCAGAAAAUUUAAUUACCCUAGUCCUAGCCUGGAAAUUCUCAGCAAAAACUCAAGGAGAAUUCACACGGGAAGAAUUCUUCCGAGGUUUUCGAGAGUUGGGCUGUGAUUCUAUCGAUUCUCUGCGUAAUAAACUUCCAAGUCUGUUAAAGGAAGUGGAAGAUAAACAAGCCUUUCGUUCUUUGUAUCUAUUCACCUUUGGUUUCGCUAAUUUAGAUAAACAUGAAAGUAAAUCACUGGUUCUUCAGUACGCUAUUCCUUACUGGGAGAUUCUUUUACGUGAUCGAUUUUGUCACUUACAAUUGUGGUUUAAAUUCCUUCAAGAACACCAUAAACGUCCAAUAUCCAAAGAUACUUGGGAUCUACUCCUAGACUUUGUUGAAACAAUCUAUCCAAAUAUGUCAAAUUAUGAUGAAGAAGGUGCCUGGCCAGUAUUGAUUGAUGAAUUUGUCGAAUGGGCGAAACCACAAGUUCAAACAAGUACGCAAACAGCUACCAACCCCUCGUGAUCUGUGUUCAUAUGACUUCAAAUUGAUAUAUACACCUAUAUAAAUAUAAAUACUUAUUAUUCUUUUUUGUGAAAUGUGCAGCUAUUUUAACUUCACAGCAUAUUUUUGAAUUAGAAUACUUGUAAAGUCCUUGUUUAUUAUCCUACCUUCCUCUCUUCCUUAAGUUGCCUUUAUUUGUGCCAGGUUUUACUCCCUUUUUAGUGAAUCUAACAGACCAUUCAAUCAUUAGGGGGAGGGAAUAGCUCACUUUCUUUUUUUUUAAGUGUGUGAUCUAUUCUUGUCUGUUUUACAAUUUUCCUCAUGACCAUCAAAAUCUUUCAGUGUUAUUCAAAUACCGGUGAAUUUGAAAUAAAUUCACAGUAGAAUAUUCAUUCUUUCAGUGUAACUCAAUCAUAGGUCACAUCGCCUUCCAAUUGUUUACUUCCCUUAUGCUGUUAAGGAUUUUAAACCAAUUAUUAACUAACACGUUGUUGCUCCUUUCUCUUUAAAAAUUUACUUACACUUGGUAACUAGCAGUGAUAACAAUGUAUUAACAAUAAACAUAUUCUCUAAGCUACUUUAUCUUACCAGUUAUCCCAUCCCUCCCCUACGCGCGCACACACACGCAAACACCAGAUAUACUGACUUUGUAUCUAAUAUUUUUAACACUUCAUAAUAGUGUACAUUGGAAAUGCAUGUAGCUUGCAGUUAGUCAUAUGGUAUCUCUCAAGCUGUAGUGUUUUUUUUUGUAAGACUGCAGCAGUCAAUCCCAUCUGUUAGAAAAAUUCCACUAUCACUUGUAGUGGCACUUCUUCCCCCAAGUUUAUCUUGCUACAGUUCUUACUGUCGGUAUAUUGUACUUAAUCUUGUUUUGUAGUUAGUGGUUUAAUUUAUGCCUUUUAAUGCCUGUGAAUGUGUAUUACACAACUGUAUUCAAUUUUGUUGCCAUGUGUAUCUCUUUCUCCCCAUUAUUUUGUUUGUAUUCUAGUAGGAAGAAAAUGUGACAUUUCGAUUUACUCACUUUGCCCUUCUUUCCUGUUAUGGUAAUGAAUAAAUGUCAUAAUAUAAUUUGUGGUCACUAUUUAUUUUUUAAAGCUUAGAUCUGUGAUCUUACCUCA